UUCAAUCGUUUUGCCAUUUUUGAAUUGGUGUUUAAAGAUGCCGCUUUUUGGCAGUAAAUUCGCCCCAAAACAGCCCCCUUUGCGCAAAUUUGCAAGUAAUGUGAGCGAUGAUUUGGAUGAGUUAGUGUCGGGGCAAAGAAUCGUUCAAGUGCGGCUGGGAUCUCAGGAAUUGGUUUUCGAGAACGGCGACUGGAUUCCCGAAAGUGGCGAGAGAGGAACAGCUCAUAAAUCGAAUCAGAAGCUGCGAAAAAAGAUUCAAGAAUUGCAAGAAGAGAAUAAUAUGCUUCGAUUGAAAUAUACAGUGAUGCUAAAUAUGUUGACGCAGAGCACAGCUGAGGGACACUUACAAGAAAAAGAAUUAGAAAAGUUAAGAAAUAAGAAGUGAGAAUUUUCACCAGCCAUCUUGUGUUAGGUAACUUGACUCAACCAACAAUUUUUAACAUAAAUUUAAUUUUUAUUCUUAAAAUUUAUAUAAAAAUAUUUAAUUAGGGCACUUAUUUCUUGUAUGGCCUUCUUGACCACAUUUGCCACAUUUUCUUUUCGCCCGUGUUUUAUUAUUGUACGGUGCGCUGCGAUUGUUUGUUUUGGGGGCUUUUGUCUUCCAAGCUGGAAAUCGGGGGCCGUCUCCGUCAUCACCAG